AUGGAGAUACUUAAGCUUCUAGGUUUGAUUAUUUUCCUUUUAUUUUCCUACAUUGUCUUAACAAUUAUUGUUCCUCCUCUAAAUUUCCCAAAAAAAAUACCCACCAUCCCUUUUUACGUGGUAUUUUUACCAAUUUUAUUUUCUAUCGAUCAAACGGAGCUAUAUGAACUCUAUAUUAAAGAGCCAAUGGAAAAAUAUGGCGCUGUGAAAUUUUUUUUUGGAUCACGCUGGAAUAUUCUCGUUUCUCGUUCUGAAUACCUGGCACAAAUAUUCAAAGAUGAGGAUACCUUUGCAAAGAGUGGUAAUCAGAAGAAAAUUCCAUACAGUGCUCUCGCUGCCUAUACAGGAGACAACGUAAUUAGUGCUCAUGGGAAAGUUUGGAGGGACUACAGAAAUGCAGUGACAAAUGGGCUACAACAUUUUGAUGACGCUCCUAUAUUCAAAAAUGCCAGAAUAUUUUGCGAUUUGAUUGAAAAAAGUAUUCAAGAAGGACAGUUCUCUAUUCAAAUGGGCCCUUUAUCUCAGAGGUUGGCGUUGGAUAACAUUUCUCAGGUUGCGCUCGGUUUUGAUUUUGGUGCUUUAAAGCAGGAAAAAAAUGCAUUUCAUGAGCACUUGAUUUGUAUUAAGAGGCAAAUCUUCCAUCCAUUCUUUUUAACAUUCCCAUUCCUUGAUUUACUUCCAAUUCCUUCGAGAAAAAAAGCCUUCAAGGAUGUGGCUAGUUUCAGAGAGCUUCUCGUCAAAAGAGUUCAGGAUGAACUGAUUAAUAACUACAAAUUUGAACAAACGACUUUUGCUGCCAGUGAUUUGAUCCGUGCUCAUAAUAAUGAAAUAAUAGACUACAAUCAGCUAACUGACAAUAUCGUCAUUAUCCUUGUCGCUGGCCAUGAGAACCCGCAGUUGUUGUUCAGUACUUCGUUGUACCUUCUUGCUAAAUAUUCAAAUGAAUGGCAGGAGAGACUCAGGCGGGAAAUAAGUGGGAUUACUGAUCCAAAAGUCUUGGCUGAUUUACCAUUAUUGAAUGCAUUCCUUUUUGAAGCAGUCAGAUUGUAUCCUCCCUUAAGCACGAUCAUCAAUAGAUGUACUACUAGAACAUGCAAAUUGGGAGCAGAAAUAAUUAUACCAAAGAAUGUAUAUGUCGGUUAUAACAAUUUUGGAACAUCACAUGAUCCUAAAAACUGGGGUUCCACGGCAUAUGAUUUUGAACCAGAAAGGUGGGGUUCAGAUAUCGAGACCAUAAGAAAAAACUGGAGAACUGCCAAGAAUAGAUGUACUGUCACUGGAUUUCAUGGAGGUCGGAGAGCAUGUUUGGGAGAGAAACUAGCUCUAACUGAAAUGAGGAUCACAUUAGCUGAAAUGCUGAGGCAGUUUCGUUGGGAGCUUGACCCUGAAUGGAAAGAAAAAUUAACUCCUGCAGGACCUCUUUGCCCUUUUAAUUUGAAGUUAAAAUUCAAAAAAAAUGUAGCGGAAUAA